CUGACAUCAAAGGUGCGCUAGGCCAUUUUCACCCUUAUAGAUGAAAGAAAAAUACUAGUACCCCACCAGUUUAAUAUCUUUCUGCCACUUCUUGAAAAAUCGAGCACCAUGUAAGUAAAAUUUGAAGUAGCUCACCCAAUUAUGGCCGAGGAAGUUGGUUCUGCUGGCGGCACUUGAGAAGUCGUCCAUAUCAAUGGUCUUCAUGCGUACUUUCUCAGAAAAUAAUCCUUGACCACGACCUCGUUGUGACAACAGGAAUUUGAACCACGUUGGCGUUUCACCCGGAGAGGAACGACAGUCAAUCCACCUGCUGCGUCAUUUUUAGGUUUGUGCGUCCGCGAAGGUAACAAGUCUUAUUUUCGCCAAGGAGACAAUGCGGCCCGUCGCGUUUUCGGUUCUUUCCGGGUUGUUCCUCCGCCGGACAUUACCGGUCGUCGUCGUCCUCCUGAGCGAGGUUGCGGCAAAAGGAAUUGUGGCUGGUCGUGAUUUUAACGUGCCUCUAGAUCAUGGAGAUUCGGGGUACCUGCGAAAACGGAGAAAACGUAAAAAUACUAUCGAGAAUCCGGAUCAUUUGUCAGGAGCUCUACAGGUUGGACAGCCAACGUCGACCCUUCGAACAACAGCGGAGCAUCAAGCAGGGGGACAACCUCAACCACGAGGACCACCCAUAGGCGAUGGCACUGCAGCAGGAAAAGAUGCUUCCUCAUUGUUGCAAAAGGCCACCACCUCUUCUGUUGUUCGCAGGAGUAAAGGAGAACUACCGGUCUCGUCCAACAAGCAAUUGCCUGUAGUGCCCUCUCCGGCCCCGGAAGAGGAAAACGUAGGUCUAGGUGAAAGACACAAUGACAAUAACCCGACCUCGCGGGGUUCUUCGAGAAGGAAGGAAAAGACCACGACAACAUCAAGGACGACCCUUGAAAAUGGCAAGAAGGGAAACAACAAGCGUGAUAAGCUUUCUUUCCUUCACGUAGGAACAAAGACAAACAAGAAUCUUGUACAAGAACGUCGUGGAAGAACUUCUUUUAGAAGUACAACUACACAGCAGGAGGAGCAGAACUACAAAGACCAAAACCACGACCAGCGAGUUGCGGUAGAACCGUUAUGGGAGGCUGCUAGUUUUGUGGAGGACCUGUGCCAUGGCGAGAAAUUCGCGAAGACGAGUUUGAGUUCGGCGGGACGAGAGUCCGUGUUAUCAUAUCGAAAAACGUCCCCACCCCAUAGUCAAGUUGGGAACUUAGCAACACAAAUCCAGAUGUUGUGGGAGCCACGCAUGAGAAGUUGCAGUCCGUAGUGUAGUGCAUGUGAGCAAGGACAACCGCAACACAAAUCCAUCUGCUUAUCCUGUUACCAGCAUUACAAAUUCCAAAACACGACUGGAAAUGCCUCCCUUGGGGAUGCGCAUUACAAAUGUUCCUGUAAUCGCAAAUCUGCAUGACAACUCUGGUGUGGGUACGUUUUUACACAGGAUACGUGUACGACAAGACUCAACUGUCCGGCCCGGUCUUCAUCGGGGAGGAGCUCCCGGUCACGCUGGAAGCGCCGCACCCCGUCACGAGCGCAGCGUGCCACGCGCACCUCUGUCUCGCCUUCGAACCGUAUUGCUUUAAAUGAUUUUUUUGAUCAAUAUCUCAUGGUUUGACAAGUUCUACUUGAAGCGUUUCGUAUAAGAUAGAAGUUGAUGUGCUAAUUGUAUCCAUCAGUAAAACACGACAAUGAGCACUACCGUUUUAUUUGCUGACUCUCCCAGACGAAGUGAUGUCCAAAAAGUUUUGCACUUCUGUGAGGCACAAACAGAAUCACGAAAAAAACUCCACCCCAGGAACCGUUCUUUCACGGAGCGCACGUUUGCAGCGCCGGAAGGAGCAGACGGGUCUUUCCUACAGUUGGACCACUUUUCCCGUCGGAAAGCGCGGCAGGCCGACGGCCCAGCACCAGAGUCCUCCUCAUCAAAGGGAUCGGGAAAGGGCAGCGGCAGUAAGGGCAGCGGCGAAAAGGGAAGCGGAUCAAAGGGCUCUGGCGGUCGAGCAUCCUCCGGAGGAAUCGCCCCUCUGGAGGAGGGCCGGACGAUUAGCACGGCCCGGACGGUGCUGUCCGAAUCGCACGAUGUGCAAUAUCGCCCGCAUAACCAACAAUUUGGACCAGUUGUACAUGGCGCCGGCGGAACGACAACGACCGCCGAGAAGUACAAGCUCGCGUUUGAUUUGGCGCACACGGACGCUUUCAAGCGGUUCCACGUGACCCAUUACCGCGAAGUUAGUCUCGACUCUCACGGCGCGCAGGAGCUCCCCGGCCUGGCCUGCGCCGACCACGCGGAGGAGCUGGCGAAUGACCUGAGCUGGGUAAAAGUCGCGGCCGGCUCGCCGCUGGAGGUGUUUUUGAAGGCUUUGAAUGGGCUCACCGUGGCGGGCCUCGCAGGCCACGUAUUGCAGGAGGACCAGGAGGGCCACCAUGGGCACGCGAAGGUCGAGGAAAAUUUUGCAAAAUUUUUCAACGCGGGCGCCUUGCAGUGGAUUGCUGGGGCGGAAAACACGGGGCAUAUGCACCGAAUUCUCGAUCUGGCGGCGAAGGUGGAAGCUGCGGAUAGUGCAGAGAAGUCUACAAAAAUCAUGGAGGAGAUCGACCAGACCAUGUUGCUAGCUUCCGCGGAUGCCACGCAAGAGUCGGCGUCGCUCACCAUGAGCAUCCCGAUGUCCUCGUCGUCCAACACAAGAACCGACGCGGGCGGGGCGAAUCAAACGAAUUUAUCUGCAGAGAACCUCGCUCCGCAAGGUAUGGAAGCGUCAGGAUCGAAAUCGUCAAAGUUGAAAUGGUUUGUCAUGCAUAAACUGCAACCCACAAAAUGCCUGUCUUGCAGAGUAGGCAAGACAGGCAGACUGUGAGCCUGUUGGUGGGUAGAAAUGGAGCUGCUCAAGUAGCAUGACAAAAGGCGUCUUCCUUACCUAAAGAGCAUUACAGACUGGAUUUCGGCUCUACCCAAAUUUCUCAUGCGCCACUUGGAAACUAGGCGCCAACUUGUAUCCGGUUUAUGCAUCACAAAUUAUUUCUACUUUGUCGAUUUCAGUCCUGACGCUUCCAUACAAGGCGGCGGCACAUCCUCCGACACCGGGAACGAGGUUGUGGACUUUCUGUGCAGUCCGUGCGGCUUGUAUCGAAGAGAAAAAGUGUGUAAGUGUAACUUUUUUGCAGGAACAGCAUCACAGAUUUGUUUUGCAUGACAGAGAUGAAAACCUGUCAUGCGUGCUAGUACGUGAAAACACGUAUGAGAAUAGCCUCUGAUGCACAUCCAGCAUGACAAGUGUAACUGUAUUGCAACGUCUGCAACACAAAGUUACCCUUGCGCAGUUUUUUGCUUGGAUAGCCUGGCCCUCCUCGGGGCGUCCAUUAUCGGGGUGCUGGGGUGCGCGGUACUGAUUUACUGUUCCGCCUUCGGAUUCUCGGGCGACCGCGCGACCGUGGUAGAACAGCCGCCCGCAGGCGACAAACAGCAUAAGAAAAAGGGGGCCAAAGACCCGAAAAACAAAUCUUCGGGAACAAAGCCAGGAGGAGCUGCAACUUCUCCCGGAGGAGCGGGAGGCGGUGCGCCGCAGCCGGAGGGGAGUGGCACUAAGGCCGCGGGCGGAAGCAGCGUGCAGGCGGGCAUCUCCCAGGGCGAGCGGUUAUCCGCCGCGGAGAGGUCGGGUGGGGGAAGCGUCACCACCCACAUCGUGGGACAAACCAAUUCGGGCAGGAUCAAAACGGACGCGCUCAGCGUAGAGGAAACCAACAAUAGCUCCGGGGGCACCGCAGGUAGAAAUAAAAGUUGUGCUUGCAUUGCUUACAUCACUUUAGUAUUUUGCAUGACUUCAUCAUCAAUGUCAACCGAUGAUGUGUUUCAUAGAAGGAAGUACUCAACUGAAAAAGGAAUCUAGAAUCUACAAUAUGUGAAAAAAUACUCUUCCUCCCAGGUCGCAAAGUUUCCCGUGCUUCGCAGGGAUUUUUGCAGCCGCCAGAUUUUCCCGAGGACGGUAUGGACGCGGUUAAUAGCAACAAUAAUUCAAAAGGAGAACCUCUAAAAAAUCGACGAAGCAGCGAGAUGAACAACAAAACUGGGGUGAACACCUCGAGUGGGAGUGUUACCGCGAUGAAAAACAAGAGCGCCGGGUCUAAUGCUCCGAAACUGGCGUCGGAUCUGCGCUCGAGCCACGGAUCGCAAGUGGAGGUUAUGGGGAGCGCAAGCGGUAUUGUGAGGAAAAAUCCCCCCUCCCCAUAUUGAAAGCGCAUCUUUCUGAAAAUUUGCGAUGCAGAUUUGUGACUACAAAUCGCGUCUGUCUUGCAAGAGGGCAAGUUCAGGCUGUCCGCCACGUUAUUCAGGCGGUUUUCAAUGCUGUAAAGGAGCCUACAGGGCAGCCGUCCACCAUGCGAGGCGCCUACAACAAAAUGCCCCAGCUAGGCUUACGAUCUGCGUGCUGUCCUCUACUGCAGCACGCAUCGGAUCUGUGUAUCCAAAUCCAGCAGCAGAGUUUUCGUUUUGAUAUGGGGAGGGUGGAUUUUUCCUUUUGAUAAGCGGAAGCGCCGCGUUUCCGAAGAGUGCCGGCAGCGGCGCGCCGGUUUACGACCAGACCGAGCGCGAGAAUCUCUUGGAGGAGGACGCUCGCGGCCCGCCUUCGUCUAUCAAAUGCAAAAGUGUCUGGGUCUGGACCAUCAAAGCAACUUGUCAUGCUAAAUCUGAAUCAUCGAAAAAUCUGUGUUGCGUGAUUACCAAAGGCUGUCCACUUUUGAGCCAAUGGAGAGGCGGUUUCUCAUGCAGGAUAGGCAUGAUAGAACUCUCACAGAAUCUGUCAUGCUAUGUCUUACAUACCAGACCUCGUGGGUCAUGGAAAACCUGCGCGACAAGUCUGGCACUCUUCCGGACCCAGACACAUUUGCAAUUGAUAUCGUCCGCGGCAGCGCAAGAGCCGCCGGAGACGAGCUCGGGGGGUGGCGAAGACGAGGAUAGCUCGGACGAGGAGAGCGCUGCUGGAAAGGGCCCGCAGAAAAACAAGAAGGGCAACACGGAACGGCUCGAUUUUUUGAAGAACCGCGGGAACCGGGGGAAGCCGGGGAAACCGCCAGAUAAGAGGAAGAGCGCGACUGUGGUAAACUGUGAAUUUUUUGUUUUGCACAUUUCACUUAAUACCUCUGAAAAAAUGUGUCAUGCAAUAAAGACAGUCUGUUUAUGUCAUGCAAUAAAGACAAAAAAAAACAAAAAACAGGAUGGAGGGGCGCUGAAGGAAACGCCGAUGCCGAGUUUGCCGUCGGGGGCGGAAUACAUCCCAUCUUCUGGGUAUGGAUGUGUCAGAGUUGAAAUCGACAAAGUUGAAAUAAUUUGUCAUGCAUAAAAUGGACGCCAGUUGGAAACCAGAUUCCAAGUGGCGCAUGACAAAUUUCGGUGGUCCCUAAAUCCAGUUUGUCAUGCUGUUUAGGCAAAGGAGAGGGAUUUUCUCAUGCUACUUCAGCAGCUCGAGCUGUAACCCCAAACAGGCCUACAAUCAGCCUCACUUGCCUGCUCUGCAACGCACGUACCUCGGGUCAUGCAUUUUAUGCAUUACAAAUUAUUUCAACUUUCACGAUUUCAAACCUGACGCGUCCAUACUGGGAACGUUGGUGGAAACCUGCCCUCAGGGAUGCAAGAGCUGUAGGUGCAGAAAAGGUGCCGACUUUUCUGCCGGUAUCGACAAAACAGUAUUUCUUGCACGCAGUUGUAUCACCUCUUCAUAACCCUACUUGAACCCUGUUAUACAUUUCAGUGUCAGAUUUGCGAAAGAUUCUUUUUGCGAGUGUACAACGUUUCAUUUUGCACAACAAAUUUAUAUUUUUUUGCGUUCAUACUUUUUCUUUUUGCGUGCACGACGAGAACACCUACUUUGCAUUGCAUUCGCACGAUGUGAUGGUAGAGCGCGCGGCAUCGACGAGAAGGUUCUCUACCACCAAACUGUAAUCCGAUUUGAACAGAAGCAGUGCUAAGAAAACUUUUGCCUGUCUCUACAGGCAAAGAUCGCACAGCGUGUCCGGUGCUGCGAAGAAAAUUCAUCAUUAUUUUGCCCGAAGUAGAAGAUGAAGACCACCUCUUCUACAUACACACGCGUACAACCCCUAGUACACUUUUUGACAGAAAAACGACAUUGCCGUUUGCGCGGGCAUGGUUUUUCUCCUUAAUUAGUUGAGUCAUCCACGACUUAAUUUUUGCGCUUCUGCGCCAAGAAAUUUAUCUUUUCCCGACCCAUCUCCCCUGCUUUCAUCCUCAGCAUCUCAGCACACGAUAUUACAAGUGCAGCGAAAUAAGAGCCGCUGCAUUUGGAUUUGGAAGUAAGAAAUAGAUGCAAACAGCACAUUAACAUGAUCCCAUAUUUGAUAUCAACAACCCGAAAAAUUAUGCAAGCAUG